UCACAGGGAGAUCCUCACACAGGGAAGUGUCAGAUGCAGUGACAGAAGGAUGAGGAACAGAGGUGAACACCUGGGAGAUCCUCGACUGAAGCACAGAGUUAAACAGUAUCUUCGAAAUAGCAGGGAUGAGUAUGUGGAUAUUGGAAUUCUGGCUGCAGAUCUCCAGCGGUUGUAUAGCUCAGAUUAUGGUCGCAGGAAGAGGAACGCCUUCAGGAUCCAGGUGGAUAAAGUGUUUCAAUCCAUCAGGAAUGAAAUGUCAGAUUUGGAGGAGGAACAUCUGGUCAAACGGGCUAGACAGAACCGUACAGAGGAUGGGAGGGGCAUGACCUCUGAUUCGUCUGACAGUGAGGAUUACCCCGAAUACCCGCUGACCAAUCACAUGAACACGUCACUGCUGAGCCUAUACCGGAAAACUAAUCCAGACCCUCCGUCUACUCCAGCUGCCAGAAAGGUGCCAGAGGGUGGUAGCACCCAUGGGCAUGAAGCCCCUGGAACAGUGGGUCAGUCAGGAGAGUCACUGCGAGGUACAGUGUUGUCUGAGGGCGGCUGGUUUAUUGACAACACGCCGGGAGUACCCCUUUCCAAGGACCGCCCGGUCGAUGUGAAAGAAUCAAGACGACAGAAUUCUGAGAGGUUAGAAGCUUCACCAGUGGAUCGGGCUGAGAGGAAGCGAAGGAGACUGAAUAAAAGGAAACAGCAAGAUAGAGAAGAGUCAAAGGAUGUGGAUGCUCAGAUAGAGUCAUCUGCACUGAACAGAAAAGCUGUGAAGAAAGGCUUUGAACUGCAACAUUCGACCGUGACAUUUGAGGAUGUUGGUGGCUGUGAAGGAACCUUAAAGGUAAAGAGCAGCCGGCUAGGCUGGCGAGUUGUUUCCAAUAGUUUGCCAGGCACCGAGUUGGGAGUAAAGGGUGCUGAUUGCAUUGUUGUACUCUGUAGGGGUGCAGACCUGUCCGCACUGGUGCGUGAAGCUUCCAUUAAUGCCCUGAGACAGCAUCUCUCUGGCCAGCCCUCAGAACAAGCCCCAGCUCCCUGCUCAGGAAUACGGGUGGCACGGCAGCAUUUCGAAGCAGCCUUUGAGAAAGUGAAGCCUUCUGUGAGUAAAAAGGAUCAGUUGAUGUAUGAAUUGCUGCAACAGUCUCUCAGCCAGUCUUAACUGAUGGAAGCACAGAUUCAGUUACGGAGUUUGUUCCUGUUGCUUUCCCUGGGCUGCAGUCUGGAGUCUUUCUGCACAGGAUGUAGUUGCUGUAACAUUUACAGGAACUGUUGAAUAUUUUCUCACUGUGUGAGCUGCAUUUCCUGAGUACAUAGGUAUUGUUAGAAGAACUGAGCUUUCCCGACUUGCUUCCUGCCAUCAGGGUCAGACUUGGGGAGUCACUUUGAGGAGAGGAACAUGGCUAUGAUCAUGUUUCAGAUUAUAAUGCCUCAAAGAAAAUUGUCCACUGGGGUAACAAAUCUAUUCAUGGGGUUUCCCCUGACGUUACUGUCUGCCUUGGUAAUAUCCCCUCUUGCCUACUGAUGGCUACUUUGUAUUUUAUUCCAAGACCCAGGAUAUUGAAAAAAUAAAGCAGCUUGUGUAUUAAAAA